GCUCCACCCCUGAGACCCUGCAUAUCCAACCCUGCCCCGCUACGUGGCCUCCGUUCUCGACCACAACUCACGCCGACUCUUCCGUUGCAUGGACCGCAGAACGCGACCUCAGUCUCAGAUUGUCUGUUCUAUUGGGCAAGGUGUGGCUGAGGUGGAUUUGCUGUGACGAUGGACCGCAGCUCAACCCCACAAAGUCGCCGCAGAAAGUGGCGGUGUCGGCUUGUUGCUGAGACAAUUUUCGUAUGAUGCGUAUGAUGACACUGCGUAUGAUGACACCGCAGAGAGGGGGCAUGAGGGGCAGUAUAUAAAGAUAUGGGUCGGUGACAGAGACUUCGCUGCGCUUUUACAGAUUGAAUAACCUCUUGACCCGUUCACUACUACCACAAACCAUCAACAUGUCUUACAACCAAGGCGGAUACGGCCAGCAGGGCGGCUACGGUCAGGACAACUACAACAACAGCGGUGACUAUGGUCAGCAGCAAGGCCGUGGUGAGGCCAGCGAAUUUUAUAACCAGGGCGGGAACAACGGUUACGGCCAGCAGCAGCAUGGCGGUGGCCAGGGAGGCUACGGUCAGGAGCCUCCUCAGUACCAGCAGUAUCCUUCUGCUGCAGCACACUCCUCGAAUUCAGGUCGCAACUCGCACAACCAGGGCUACCAGAAUCAGUACAAUGGCGAAGGUGACCCAGAGGGCGACCGUGGCAUCAUGGGUGGCAUCGCUGGUGGUGCCGCAGGUGCUUUCGGCGGCCACAAGCUAGGUGGUCAAGCAGGUCACGGCACCGCAGGUACCAUCAUCGGCGCCAUCUCCGGUGCUUUUGCAGGGCACAAGGCACAGGAUGCAGUGUCAGACUGGAAGGAUGACCACGAUGAGAAGAAGAAGUGGGAGAAGGAGCAAGAGGAGCAGCAGAAGUACAACCAGCAACACCACGGCGGUCCACCACCCCAGCACCACGAGCAGCGCCGCAACAGCGGUGAUGAGCGCUCCCGUGGUGACUUCGGCGGUAACUUCACUGCCUCAUCGAGGGAUAUCCGCCUCGAUGCCCACGGCGACUACAAUCUCCACGCCCAGUGCCGCCGCCCCGACGGCUCCUACCAGUCCAGCACCAUCAGCCUGAACCAGAUCAUCGAGAACGACAACGGUAGCCUCCGCUGGUCGCAGGGCAGCAGCAACGGCGCUUCGACAUACACCGUCCAGCAGGGCGACACACUCCGCGCCAUCGCGAGCAGGUUCUCGCACUGCUCAUAUGAGGACCUUGCUAGACACAACAACAUCUCCAACCCUGACCAGAUCUGGCCUGGCCAGAACUUGCAGGUGCCUGGUGGCGGUAGCCGUGGUGGAGGCAACUUCGGUGCGUCAGCGAGGAACGUUAGGUUGAGCCGUGGUGGACAGGAGCUCGAGGCUGAGCUUGAGGAUUGGCAACAGAAAUGGGUGCUUGGAAUUCGUCUGAGCUUAUGGAGGAGAGUUGCAUGUCUGGUUCCAUGACAAAGACGCUAGCUAGUAUAUAAAAGGCUUGUAUGGCCAUGUUCAACGAUCACUUCAUAACACGCCGCA